ACGUCAUAUUAUAACAUGAACUCCUCCAUGAAUAGAGCGUCAACCCUUUAAAUAAAGUUAGUGGAUACUGCAAAAUCAUUCGAGUCACAACAUCAACAACUCAUCGGAUCAGGAGUAGUGUAUUCUGUGGAGUUAUUAGAAGUAUUUUUUUCUGUUUCAAGAUGUGGUCUAAAAUUUUUAGCGCCCUCUUCGUUGCCAGUGCCAUUGGAGUAAUAAUGGCCCAGCAGCAACAAAUGUCACAGUGCCGUACAACAUUUAUCAACAAUUUAUAUCAAUGUGUAUCAAAUAGCAGCAUGGAAGUAACAAGUUUCCUAUGGUUAGUUACCAACCAAACAAGCGGUUCCGCCCCUGCUAACAUGGAACAAUUUAAACAAACAGCUUGCUCAAAACAGACCGAAGUAACCCAGUGUGGCAUAGAUUUUAUGAGAAAACUUAUGAAUUCAACUUUGUGCAACCCCGCCAAUCAACAAGAUGAACGACCGGCUAUAGAUACAAACUUUAGAGCUAUCUUUGGUCAACUAGACAUGGUUUGCGCUCAUCCAUGCAGAGCCACCCUUGUCGGCGAUCUUAGACAAUGCUAUACUGUAGCGGAACUUGACCCUGAACUAUUUUUAUCAAACGCUACCAUGGGACGUGGUGCAGUUAUUGGAACAACAGAAAAAGACGUAACCCAGUAUUGCGGACAUAAAGAUGCCCUAACCAAGUGUAUGAAAGAAAAACGAGAUGCUUGUCCUGAAUCACCCGUCAUUCUACGAGCAAUCGGUCUCGAUAUUGAAUCUAUGGAUAAAGGUGUCAAUAUUUUAUGCGCACACCCUUCCGUGUAUUUGAAAGGAAUUGACUGUUUUGAAGAACCAACAGCCGCUGUUGAAAAAUGUCAACAAGACCAGAAUGAAAUGAUGAUUAACUUAAUGAUGACAGCUCAACAAACCGAGAUGAAAGAAGACGUAUUUUUCAAAAACUUUUGCGAAAUCCGAGUGAAACAUGUCGAUUGUGAUUUAAAACAGUGGGCUUUGAAGAAACACGCUAGUUGUACAGACGUUGUUAUUGGUCUACGAACAGAGAUGGAAUGUGGAUUGUUGCCAACUCAAUGUACUAAUUUGGAGAAAGAUAAACUAGCCGUUGUCUGCCAUCUUGAUGCCUUCAAAAGGAUUAGCCGAGACAAUGCUGGUGGUUCGUCAUCCACCAUUAACAUGUCUGUUAGUCUAACGGCUGCAUUUGUUCUUUUGUCUCAAUUGCUCCAAUCUCACUGAUUUGGAAUUAAUCAUUAGUUUUAUCAUAUAGUCUAUUGUUUAUAUGUAUAAACGCGGAUCAUCCAAACUGAAUAUUGUUAAAUAUAGGUUAUGUAAAUGGUUCACUAAUGUAAAUAAUUUAUUAGCUAUGACCUCUGGUUUGAAAACCGGAUGACGCUAAGUAAAAUCAUUAGUGAUUUGUGUAUUUAUUUUUAAUGUAAACAAUUCAUAGAUUCAUGUUUAUUAAA